AUGUCCGUUAAAUUGUUCGUUGGAGGUUUGUCAUGGGGAACCGAUGACCGUUCUCUUAGGACUAGGUUUGAAGAAUAUGGCAACGUUGAAGAUGUCGUUGUGAUUCGUGAUCGCGACACUGCAACCUUGUUACCUUUGCGAGACUUCCAAAAUAUAUGGUUGGAACAAUCUCACUGCGGAUAUAAGGAUGCUAACCUUUCUGCUAUCUUCCCUUUCCCCAAACCCU